AUGUCUAAGAACGUAGUAAUUGUUGGCGGACAUGGCAAGGUUGGCCUUCGCCUCGCGAAGCUGCUAUCUUCCAAACACACCGUCACCUCUAUCAUUCGAGACCCAGCCCAAGCAGAGGAUAUCGAGAAAGUUUCUGCGAUACCUGUGGUACUUUCCAUUGAAGACGACUCCCAAUCCGCCUUUACCCAAGCGUUCAAAGACGCGGCAGCGGACGUUGUUGUGUGGUCCGCAGGCGCAGGCGGGAAAGGCGGCGCGGAGCGCACUGAGAAAGUGGACUACAAGGGCGCAGUUAAGGUGUUCGAUGCCAUCGAGGCUAUAAAUGGGAAGGUGCCGAGGCUCCUGUUGGUAUCUGCCAUAGAUGUUCGGAACCCAGACAAGAUUCCGGCCCAUUAUAACGAGGAAGACAUCGCACUUUCGGAACGCAUGCGUAAAGUGAUCGGAACUUACAUGAAGUGGAAGUACGAGGCAGACAAGAACCUCGUUAAGCGGGACGAAUUCAAAUGGACGAUCCUCCGCCCUGGCGGAUUGACUGACGAGCCAGGGAAAGGCACGGCGUCCAUUGGUAGAACACAUCUCAGCCCGACCAUAUCCCGAGAUGAUGUUGCCCAAGUCCUCGCUUUGCUGGUCGACCGCGAAGACGCUGCUGGCCUCGCUAUUGAUCUUGUUGGUGGCGAUACGCCCAUUGAAGGAGCUUUGGAUGCGAUGAUUAAGAAAGGCGAAACCGAUUUCCUGGGAUAA